UGCAUCACAGAGACAGAAAAAAGAGAAUUAAUACAUUGUUACAAGCAAAACCUCUGUAACCUUGGGCUCACUUUUCCAUGUCUGGCAAUACAUAUUCCAUGAUGAACUCGCACAUCUCCCAGUGGAUCUGUGGAGGGAGCAGGAGGAUGGUGCAGUGUGCAAGGCUUUCAAGCAGGCACCUCAAAACACUGGAGAAGUACCACAGGUAGGCCCUUCACAAAAUCCUUAAGAGGCAGUGACCUGGAAGCUGGUCCAGCAGCAGCGUCCUCUCCCAGAUCAACUUGUCCAGCAUCAUGGACCGAAUCACUCACUCACUCAGUGGGCGGGUUAUGACGUUCACAUUCCUGACUCCAGACGCCCAAAACAACUGCUUGGUAUUCAGUCAUGGGAUCAGAAUCCAAGCAGGAACACUGUCAGCAUCCUAAACAAAAUUCCUGAAGAGGCGAAACAGCCAUGUGUACUCAGGGAGACAGUCAAUCGAAAUGGGGCUGCAAGGACAGACUGUGUUUAUUUGGAGCUUCAAAGCAAAAGAGUAUUUUUCAGGAGCAACGAGGAGAGAGGAAUAGAGGAACGGGGUUUGCCGGAGGUAAAUUUCCCACUAAAAAGGGACUUACCUCAAGAAUCCUGCCUCCAUUUUUCAGGAGCAGUGAGGAGAGAGGGAGAGAGGCUGCCUGGAAGAUAGGUGGAUUGUUCCACAAGUGGCCCAACAAAUGAAUAAUCUGUCAGCACAUCAGCUCUCAGUGAAAACUGCAAUAGAGGAGGAAAUCGAGAGAUUGGAAAAUGGAGUCAGCAGAACAGCAUCUGCCUCUGAUGAUACCAGCUCUGAGUUGCAGAGAGUAUCUGCUCUAGAUCCAGGAGGGCUGCUCUCCCAGAAUUCAUUCCGAGGACAAGGGGCACUGUCCAGGAUUGUUCAUCUGGUUGUUGUCCUGAGGGACUGGGCCCACAGGAGUCUACAGGAAAAGGAGCCGAGGCCUGACUCCUUCCUGGAGAGGUUUCGGGGACCCGAGCUGCGGACAGUGGUCAGCAGAGUGAGCGGCAACACUGCCCAGGAGGAGGGCCAACCCCGAAAGAAAAGGCAACGGUCAGUGUUUGUGCUGGACCCGGCCAACAGUGUGUAUUACCUCUGGUUGACUGUCAUCACCUUACCUGUCAUCUAUAACUGGUGCUUCCUGGUGUGCAGGGCUUGCUUUGACUCUCUCCAGAUGCAACAUCUUACAAUUUGGUUGACUAUUGAUUACAUUUCAGAUGUCAUUUAUAUUAUCGACGUCUUUGUCAGACUCAGAACAGGAUUUCUUGAACAGGGUCUGCUGGUUAAAGACUUGAAGAAGUUGCAAGACCAUUGUAUAAAAACUCUGCAGUUUAAGUUGGAUAUCAUUGCAGUCUUACCCACCGACCUGGGUUACUUGGCAGUAGGAUUCCAUUACCCAGAGCUUCGAUUCAAUCGCCUGCUGAAAUUGCCACGUGUGUUUGAGUUUUGUGAUCGGACAGAGACCAGAACAAAUUACCCAAAUGUCUUUCGAAUCGGCAACCUGUUGCUGUAUCUGCUGAUUAUCAUUCACUGGAAUGCCUGCCUUUACUAUGCCAUCUCCAAAAACAUUGGCUUUGGCUCAGAUAGCUGGGUCUAUCCCAACAUCUCAGACCCUUACCAUGGCUAUCUGGCAAGAGAAUAUAUUUACUGCCUGUAUUGGUCGACUCUGACGCUCACCACCAUAGGGGAAACCCCACCACCAGUCCUUGAUGUGGAGUUCUUGUUUGUGGUGUUCGAUUUCCUGGUGGGAGUGCUGAUCUUUGCCACCAUUGUGGGUAACGUAGGUUCAAUGAUAUCCAACAUGAAUGCAUCCCGUGCAGAUUUCCAGGCCAAGGUUGAUGCCAUCAAGCACUACAUGCAGUUCAGAAAGGUCAGCAAGGAGGUGGAGACCCGCGUUAUUAAAUGGUUCGACUAUCUCUGGGCGAACAAGAAAACUGUUGACGAAUCUGAUGUGCUAAAAGGUCUGCCAGACAAACUGAAAGCAGAAAUUGCCAUAAAUGUGCAUCUGGACACCCUCAAGAAGGUGAGAAUCUUUCAGGACUGUGAGGCUGGCUUCCUCGUGGAAUUGGUGCUGAAGCUCAGACCCCAGGUUUUUAGCCCUGGGGAUUAUAUCUGUCGCAAGGGGGACAUUGGGAAAGAGAUGUACAUCAUCAAGGAAGGAAAAUUGGCAGUAGUGGCAGAUGAUGGGGUGACACAGUACGUCACCCUGACUGCAGGCAGCUGCUUCGGAGAGAUCAGUAUCUUAAACAUCCAGGGCAGCAAAAUGGGCAACAGAAGGACAGCAAAUAUCCGGAGCAUUGGGUACUCUGAUCUCUUCCGUCUUUCAAAAGAUGACCUAAUGGAAGCCUUGGUCGAGUUUCCAGAAGCUAAGAAGGUUCUCGAAGAGCGAGGCAAGGAGAUUUUGCUAAAAGAAGGAUUGUUGGAUGAAGGGCAUGUGGAGGUGGUCAUGGGCGUGAAAGACAUGGAGGAAAAAGUAGAAAGACUUGAAUCAAACCUUGAUUCCUUGCAGACACGGUUUGCCAGGCUGUUGAAUGAAUACGACUCAACUCAGCAGAAAUUCAAACAGAGAAUCACAAACAUUGAAAAGAAACUAAAGCAGCUCGAUAUUGAGUAUGUCUCUGAUGGUUUGGACAGUGUGAGUGAGACUGAAGGAAGUAAAAAUGAGAAUGAUAAGCACUGAAGAAGUUGCUGUGUCCACUUAAACAUACUGAAGGCGGAUACAACUCAGUUGACAGCUCAGCAUACUGGGCUAGGAGACCAAGACAUUUAUAAGCUGUCAUCAAAUAUUGUCCCAUUUCUCAUUUGCCGACCGCUCAAAAGAAUCUUCAGUGCUCAACUUAGAGUCAGUGCUGCAUAUUUCACUCCCCUCUCUACUGAUUGCUUCUCUCUGUGUUGCUACCGCUCAUCAUCUUGCUGCUGCUGGUCACAGGUUUGGUGGAAAAUGUGGGGUAAUGACAGAGAAAAAUAAAAACAAAGAAAUAAAUAAGGAGAUGGUGACAGAUGAAGUGAAGGAUUUAAAAGGACAUGGAUGUAGGGAGAUGAUCUCUGCAAUUUGCCUGGAAGGUUUUAGUUUUAUUUUUCAUGGAGUUUUGUUUCUCAAAGUAAAUGAUUUCAAAUAAAGUGAGACUUAAAAGUGAACAGAAAUAUCAGGAUAGAUUCACAUAAUUUCCAAGUGAUAGGUCAGACAUGUUUCUCACUUUGUUAAUUUCAUUCACACAAGGGUAUAUUGAGCUUACUGUGCAACUUUAUUGGAAAGCAAAUGGAAAUUACAAAAGGAAACUAUCAAAAAUAAUUAUCCAAAUAUUCUACAGACACAUAAAUGAUUAAAAGAAAUUGAGAUAAGGAUUGACCCUCAUAGGAAUUAUACAACAAUCUCUCGGGUGAUGACAACGAAUAGCAAAAUAGGAAAUUUCUGGGAAAUUGAUUGGGGGAGGGGGUAAUGUUAUUUAGAAGAGAUCAAAAACAGUUAUCACGAUGUUUAAAAAGGAAAGACAAUUGAUAAAUUAAUCAAACAAAGAUUCUAAAGUUCUGGACGGAUUACAUCUAUAUAGAAUUAAAGGUUUGGGAAGGGAAACAAAGACAAUAGUGUCACAGGGCCACUAAUUUGCUAUAUAAAUUUAGAAAAGGGAACUAGUUCAGACAACGGUCAAUAACUAAACUUAACCUUGGUGGGAAGGUUAUCAUAUCUUUACUCAAAGGUGGGAUGGGGAGGAUACAAAAAUGGAGAUAGUAUCAUGUUUUUAGAUAGCGAGUCAGUUAAUGCAGUAAGAAGGGAUGAUAUCUUGGCAGGAUCAUCAAAUUAAGCUUUGUUAGUAUAAGUUCGAAAUAAAAACUGUGCAGUCACAUGGUGAUGAGUGCAUUAUAAAUUCCCAGUCAGUAAGCAAUUGAGGAGCAGAUAUUAUUUCGCGGUUUGGAUCAGAGAUUGGCUAGCUGAAAGAAGACAGAGGGUGGUGGUUGAUGGGAAAUGUUCACCCUGGAGUUC